AUGCGGCAUCCUCUGCAAACACUGCAGGGAGCCUGGUCCAUACCAUGUUUGGCCAAAGCCAGGGCAAUUGCGAGUGAUGACGGCCUGGUGCGUCGCACCAAGAAGUAUGGCAAAAGACUUCUGACGCAACAGUCACGGGAGGCAAACAAGCUGGCCGGUGAUCAGAGGUCCUCCCUGCAGUAUGGCUGGAUCAAAUAUCGUAUUGUCUGUGCUGAUGAGCUCUCGGAAUGCUUGCAAAGGCAUGACGUCAACCUCAAGCACACGGAAGAAAUAGCCGCGCUGCUUGAAGCCCGGAACCUCAUCCACUGUGUUGUGUCCAACCUGCACGAUGAAGCUUGGAUCGUUACGAACUACUUCUGGGAGUCACAUGCAGCAGACAUUAGGGAGACUCUUCAGUCAACUGUCCUGGACUUCUUAGAACACGACGACCCUAGCAUAAUCAGUGAUGCAGCAGCCAACCCGAUCUUUGAGCGGGCGCUGAUGCAGCAUUUCCAAUCGGGCGAUCAGCACGAACCUCGGUUGUGGCACACACUUUCCAAGCUGAAGGCACCACUCAACCUUUUGUCUUUCUGUGUCCAGCAAAACUACAGCGAGUGCAUCGAUCUCCUUCUAUCAGAACAUUCGAUGCAAACUGCCAAGAAGCCCUGGUUGGCCUUUGCAGAGCCAACACUGGCAGUCGACAAAUACCAAAACACAGCUUUCCACAUCGCGGCCUGGUGUGGAAGCGCAGAGAGUUUGGAGCUAUUAGUGCAGCAUGCAUCACGCCACUCCUACUCUCUUAAGGAGCUGCUGGAUAGCAAGAAGAAGACAUGCCUAACUCUCGCACGUGAAAGAGGCAACAACCGUUGUGUGGACAUUUUGGCGCCGCUGUUCGGUCACCACGUCAAGGACUUGCUGGCAUGGAUUGACUUUGAUGGCCUGUCAUGGCUGGUACGUGAAGACGUCAAGUCUCGAACAUAUGCCGAAGAUGACGUGUGGAUUCCCAUCUUACAGGGCAACGAGAUCGUUAGGGUUGAAUCUAUGAUGCGGGAUUGCGUCUGGGAUGUAUCCAUGGCGGCUGAGAGCCUGCCGGAGCGUGUGCUGGCAUCUGACUACGGGUACCUCCGCAUUCAAGUUGCUCCUAGACGUAGAGCUCGCAUGCCCACAGAAGCUGCUCCUUCCGCCUUACUGGAAGUCAUACAGACUAUUCUGGAAAGAGUACCCCACGGGAAGCGGGUGAAAAACCUGACGCUCAUAGGCUUGACUUUGCUGCAAGAUACUGGGGAAGCUGAGAUAUGGUGUAGCAUGUUCCAGCUGCUAUCGCGGUGCAAGAGCAUCAGCUUUCGCAAGUGCUUAUGCCAGCCGAUGACAUUGCUCUACAUACUACGGGCGGUCAGACAUGUGCUCGAGCUCGGUGAGUAUGAGUGGUCCAACCUUUAUGUUAUACCUUCCUGUGCCGUAUCUGUUUCCGAUGAGUCGGCUGCGGGAUUCCGUGCAGAGAUGCCCGUGUUUUUGAACGCUUUGCGAAACAGCAAACUCCUCCAUAUUUCAAGAUCUGGCUGCAAGCAGUGCAAACUACCUUCUGCUCAUAUGCAAGAGCCCGAUCGAUUCUGGGUUACGCUCGUGGCGAGCAGCCUGGACUUCAACCGCUUUGUAAACAUGCUGAAAUCGAGAAGGACAGCUGGACAUCAGGAAGACAAUCCUCGGGCUGAUGGUGUGCCAGCCUUUUUCCUCCAUGGUUUGGUCGACAUAUGGAGGUUCCUUUACAGCCCUGCGCGUGUGGUGGAGACGAAAGCUCUAGGCAUGGAUGAUGCUUUGCAGCCGGCAGCCGCAGUCUAUGUCCGUGAGUGGCUUAAGAAUAUCACGAAUGGCCUGGCGGUGUCAUCAGACUCAGAUUUGCGUGAAAUCCAGGAGUUGAUGGGCCUGAGAGAGACAGAGUUGCAAGAUUUGUUGAAGCAGAUGGAUUUUGCAGUUUGGGCCCUGCUCCGCAUGCACCGGCUCAUGCCUUUCGUGAUAGACUGUGUAAAGAGUCAAGUUCCGAGAUACUUGCAAACCAAGAUGUGCAAGAGCGAUGCAUACUUGCGCGAUCUUGAGUCCCAAGAUGGAUGUGUCAACGAGAUUGGCGAGCGGUACCAGCCGCCCAUGAUCAGGAUGGGUCCCAACGCACAUCCUGAUCUGAAGGAUUUUUCCAUGAAUGCCUUGGUGCACAAGCGCCUUCAAGCCGGGUGUGACAUGCCAGACUUCCAGAAGAAGGAGUCGGAAAAGAUUCGCUUGCUGAAGAGCAGCAGGCUGAUCUGCUCCACAUUGAGCAUCUCGGGGCAUCGGGACAUGGUGAACUUUCCCGAGGACUUCGACACAGUUGUCAUCGACGAGGCUUCGCAAGGCGUGGAGGUCUCGACGCUCGUUCCACUGAAGCUGGGAUGUAGGCGGCUGAUCCUCGUCGGAGAUCCGGAGCAGCUGCCAGCCACCUGCUUCUCCGAGAUUGCCAAGGAACACAAGUACGACCGAAGCCUUUUCCAACGCUUGCAGCAGACGCAGUACAAGGUGAACAUGCUGAAUACCCAGUAUCGCAUGCACCCAGACAUCAGCCAGUUCCCCUCCGUGAACUUCUACGACGGAAACUUGCUGGACUUCCGGGACAAGGAGGCCUUCGAGUCUGAAUAUCCCACCAGCUGGUCGCACAUCCCGUGCCUGGCUCCGGUUGCCUUUUUCAACCUCGCAGGCACAAUGCGCGAGGAGUCGAAGUCAUAUGUGAACGAAGACGAGGCUAAUUUCAUCAAGGACUUCUUCGUGUGCUUGCGCAAGGCUUUUCCGAGCGAGGACUGGAGGAGGAAGCUGGCUGUCAUCUCCCCUUAUGCCCAGCAGGUGAAUCUCAUUCGGCACAAGUUCCGUGAAUUGUACAACAUCGGUGACAAAGAGCCUUGUCCUGUGGAUGUGAGCACCGUUGAUGCCUUUCAAGGUCGAGAGAAGGACUGUAUCAUGGUGAGCUUGGUGCGGGGUGCACAGUUGAAGUCGAAGACCGUUGGCUUCCUCCGAGACCGCCGGCGGAUGAACGUGGCCUUCACGCGCGCUCGGCUGAACUUGUGGGUCGUGGGUGCUGCGAAAGUGCUGUCUCUCAACGAAGACUGGAAGGAGUUCAUCGACCUGCUCGCAGGGAAGUGCCGCCUGCUCAGAGUCACGGAGCCGCGUGAGGACUUCUUGCUGAGGUAUCUGAAGCGGUGGCAUGAGAGGAACCCCAAGGACGAGUCGGCUGAUGGUUCUGCCGUGCUUGAGGCUCAGUCGGAGGAGAGCGACUGCGUCCUGGAGGCCAAGGAUGUCUUCCGGCUGAGCCCAGAAGAGAUGGAUGAGCUGAGAGCAGAGGAGUUUGAUCACGGUCUCCGGACCGUGGUGCCAAAGUCUCCGGGCUUUGGCCGUCACGACCUCCGGGUCGUGGCCGUCACGACCUCCGGGUCGUGGCUACCACGGUCUCCGGACCGUGGUGCCAAAGUCUCCGGGCUUUGGCCGUCACGACCUCUGGGUCGUGGCCGUCACGACCUCCGGGUCGUGGCUACCACGGUCUCCGGACCGUGGUGCCAAAGUCUCCGGGCUUUGGCCGUCACGACCUCCGGGUCGUGGCCGUCACGACCUCCGGGUCGUGGCUACCACGGUCUCCGGACCGUGGUGCCAAAGUCUCCGGGCUUUGGCCGUCACGAUCUUUGGGUCGUGGCCGUCACGACCUCCGGGGCGUGGCUACCACGGUCCCCGGACCAUGGUGCCAAAGUCUCCGGGCUUUGGCCGUCACGAGUCCGGGACAUCGCGGCAACCUCCGAUGCGGCCGGUCUUGGCGAACGAGGCGCGAAUUCAGCAUUGCUGCUCAAGAUCCGACAUGAUUGUUGCGUAGCAGAGCAAGGAUCCUGA